UCCGAGGUGCCGCUCUCGCAGGAGGGCCAGAGGCGGCAGCAGCAGCCGAGCUGCGGGAGGCAUCGGCCCGGGGGACGGGACACACGCCGCUGCCUGCGAUCCGGAUCCGAGCCCAUGGAGUCGCUGUGGGGGAACAGCAGCUGUGCGAACGGUUCUUUGGUUAAUGUUUCUUGCUCUUCUCGGCGGGUCGUAUGCCAGGUGAUCGGUGAUGGCAUCCUGACCACCUCUGUCCAUAAGAAUCUCACUUUGCACAGCAGCUGGGCAACACAAGUAGAAAGCAAAUAUGGAUUCUACAUUGGCUUGGCCCUUGCCAUCUUCUCCAGUUUCCUCAUCGGCAGCAGUAUCAUUCUCAAGAAGAAAGGGCUGCUGCGGCUGGUGGACAAAGGGAGCACCAGAGCAGGAGACGGAGGUCAUGGCUACCUUAAGGACUGGCUGUGGUGGGCUGGACUGCUUACCAUGGGUGGAGGGGAAGCUGCCAACUUUGCUGCCUAUGCAUUUGCACCUGCAACGAUCGUCACCCCCCUUGGCGCCCUGAGCGUGCUCAUAAGUGCCAUCCUAUCUUCCUAUCUGCUCGGAGAGCGGCUGAACCUGCUGGGAAAGCUAGGCUGCAUGCUGAGCAUUGUGGGGAGCACGGUGAUAGUGAUACACGCCCCAGAAGAAGAAGAGGUCACCACGCUGGCUGAAAUGACUUCAAAACUGAAGGAGCCCGGUUUCCUCGCUUACGCUGCCAUCCUCUUAGUAGUCUGCCUGAUUCUGAUCAUCUUCCUCGCACCCCGCUAUGGGCAGCGCAACAUUCUCAUCUACCUCACCAUCUGCUCCGUGAUUGGUGCCUUCUCAGUGUCUUCCGUCAAAGGACUGGGGAUUGCCAUCAAGGGCUUCUUUGCUGACCAGCCUGUCCUGCAGAACCCGCUGACCUGGAUCCUCAUCCUCACAUUGGUGGCUUCUGUCACCACUCAGAUCAACUAUCUCAACAAAGCUCUAGACAUUUUCAACACCUCCUUGGUAUUUCCCAUCUACUACGUGUUAUUCACCACCAUAGUCAUCACUACGUCUAUCAUCCUCUUUAAGGAGUGGGUUGCCAUGUCAGUGGUGGACAUUAUUGGGACAGUUUGUGGCUUCCUCACCAUUAUUUUGGGAGUGUUUUUACUCCAUGCCUUCAAAGACAUGGAUAUAAAUUUGGGGAACCUACCACAUGUUCUUCACAACAGCGGCCAGGCACCAGCAAUCAAGGAUGACAAGAACAUUCUGAUAGAAGUGCACAAUUCUGGCAUGGUUGCUGAUGAUAAACCCAAAGUAUUCAUGAUCUACAGCUAAAGCAGUGGAUGCUGCUCUGAGCAGGCUAAAAUGUUACCGAGCAAUUUUAAAGCAAAAGCACAGAAAGUAAAAUUAAUCAUGGGGCUGACCUAACGCUACUAGAGUCAAAUGAAAUCUUCCAGUGGGCUCUGGAGCAGGCCUGAUGUCAUAACAUGAGGAAGGGGCAGAUUUUGUGUUCACCCAGAAGACAGCAACAUGAAUAGCUGCUGAAAGUGGCAACUCCCUUGAAAUAUGACAAGCUUGGAGCAAAAUUCUACUCUGGGAUCCUUACUGACAGCUGGUCUCUCAACAUUGUCAGUUUCUAGUGCAUGAGCUGCACACAAUUUUCCUAAGCAGAACUCCAGCUGAUAUGCUUACUUCAAACUGACCUCCACUGACUGACUGAUUAGUGGGUUUUGAUUUCUUUACAGCCCCAUCCCAAGAGCUUUAGGUAUUUCUGCAAAAUUUAAAAUACAUAGCAACAGCAAAGAGAACGGGAAGACCCCCCAGUGAAUAUUCUGCCCUUGCAACCCCCUGGGCAGCUUACCCAGGCGGAUAGCAACAGCAGGUCCUGACAUCUGACAACCCCUUCCAAUCCCCGAAAGCCUGGGGGAAAAGAUGGGUUUUCAGCAUGCCAUUGGCUUGUCAGAGCAAGUUCCAUGGUAAAAGGCCCACUCCUGGAAAACGCCCUCCUCUGACCCACCAACCCCCUCUUUUUAAAAGCCAGGACACACCCUCAUCCUGGGCAAGUAAAUCUUUAGACAGGCAAGUAAGGGAUCCUUUGUUUCUGUUGUCAUCCUACCAAAGGGCAGCCAAACAGAUUUUGUACCUAAUAAAUUGUCGGGUAAUUAUGCAACAUGACUUUAUGACCUCUGAUGAUUUUAACCACAGCAGCGUAGCAUGGGGCAUUCCACAGGAAGGACCUAGUGCAGAAUGUGAGAGGGGCUUAAACCAAACAUCCUUAAAGAGGAAGUUCAGGUCAGCUCUGAACAUAGUUUCUCUCGCUUUAGUGAGAGAAACUAAAACCUCAGGUCCUAACACCCUGAAUGCUGAGAAAGAUUAGAGCUCAGUUAUGCAGCUCUCCUGAUGCAGAAUAGACCUAGCAGGGCAGGGAAGUAAGCAGUGUUUGUUCUAAGGUGGUAAAAGCGGCCACUGCACCUGAUUGCAAGAGAAGCUAAUCUAUCUGAGUGCAUGAAUGUAGAAGGGUAGACUCACAGCUGGAACGCCCCCCCACCCCCAAAUUGCUGGAUGAUGUGGUAUCAUAGAAUCUCAGGGUUGGACAAUCAUCUA